AUGUUGAGCGGCAUUCUCCUCUUCAACCAGAAGGGGGAGAACCUCAUCUUUCGAGCAUUCCGACCCGACUGCCGGCCUCGCCUCGCAGACAUCUUCCGCAUCCAAGUCAUCUCGAAUGCCCAGGUCCGGUCACCGAUCCUGACCCUCGGGUCCACGACGUUCAGCCAUGUCAAGCACGAGAACAUCUACAUUGUGGCCAUCACCAAAAGCAACGCCAAUGCCGGCAUCAUCUUCGAGUUUCUGUUCAGAUUCAUAGCGCUGGGGAAACAGUAUUUCGGCAAAUUCGACGAGGAUGCCGUCAAGAACAACUUUGUGCUCAUCUACGAGUUGCUGGAUGAGAUCCUCGAUUUCGGGUACCCGCAAAACACCGACGUCGACGUGCUCAAGAUGUACAUCACUCCAGACAACAUUUCGUCGGCGAUCCGGUCCGUGUCGGCGCCGUCGAGCGACACGUCCAAGAUCACGAUGCAAGCGACGGGCGCGCAGUCCUGGCGAAGAGGAGACAUCAAAUACCGCAAGAACGAGGCAUUUGUGGAUGUGAUCGAGGACGUCAACCUGCUGAUGAGCGCCACGGGGACGGUGCUCCGCGCCGACGUGACCGGCCAGAUCAUGAUGCGGGCCUACCUGACCGGCACGCCCGAGUGCAAGUUCGGCCUGAACGACCAACUGGUCGUGGGCCAGGUCCAGCAGGGAAUCGAAGGGCCCAUGGGCAACUACGACGGAGGCCGCAAAGCAACGCGCGCCGCGGCCGGCUCCGUCACCCUGGAAGACUGCCAGUUCCACCAAUGUGUGCAGCUGGGCAAGUUCGAGAGCGACCGGACCAUCUCGUUCGUGCCGCCGGACGGCGAGUUCGAGCUGAUGCGCUACCGCGCCGUCGAGAACGUCAACCUGCCGUUCAAGGUGCACGCGAUCGUGCGCGAGGUCGGCACCACAAAGGUCGAGUACAGCAUUGCCGUCAAGGCCAACUACGGCAGCAAGCUGUUCGCCACGAACGUCGUGGUGCGUAUCCCGACCCCGCUGAACACGGCCAGCAUCACCGAACGCACGACCCAGGGAAAGGCCAAGUACGAGCCGGAAAACAACUGUAUCGUGUGGAAGAUCGCGCGCUUCGUCGGCGGCAGCGAGUUCGUCCUCAGUGCCGAGGCCCAACUCACCAGCAUGACCAACCAGAAGGCCUGGUCGCGCCCGCCCUUGAACAUGACCUUCUCGCUGCUCAUGUUCACCAGCUCCGGCUUGUUGGUGCGCUACUUGAAGAUCUUCGAAAAGACCAAUUACAGCAGCGUCAAGUGGGUUCGGUAUAUGACCAAGGCCGGGAGUUAUGAGAUACGAUUCUAG